UUUGACAGCGGCGAGUCGGCGACGGCGACUCACCGACUGACAACAACAGAACUCCCACCUGUGCUACUGCACUGCCCUCCUCACCACUCACACCGUGUGGCCCUCCUCCACUCACUGUCUGCAAUUCAACCACACAGGCCAACACUGACUGACCUCCUUGGUGGCUGCACAAAUACCACUCAGGCUUUCAGGACAACCUCAUCAGGACCUUCCUACAGAAAACAAAUCCGCUCCAUCGCAUGUAGCCUGAACACAUCACCGCAUACUGCACCUUUGGGGCACUAGAGGCUGUGACAGCCUGCACUGCCCCAACAAACCCCCUAGAAGAAGAAGAACUCCCGCUGGCAGGAGGGGAUGAGCAGCACAGACAGUUUGGACGAGCAAGCCUUGGCUGCCGACACACCCUCCCUGGUGGUGGGAGGUGGCCGUCACUUCCACCGUUCCCUGGCCACCUACCGCUACGAGAAUGCCCUGGUCAAGACGGAGCUGGCGGCCACGCUGGACAGACACAGGCGGGAGAUGGAGGAACUGAGACUCAAGUAUGAGAGUCAGGUGCGGGAGAUGGAGAGGCAGCGGCAGGAGGUGGAAGAGCAGCUGGCCCACUUCAAAGAGAUCCACAUGGAGAAGGAGGCACAGCUCCACCAGACCAACAUCCACAUGCAGCACAAGGUUAAGGGACUCGAGGAGGACCUGGCUGCCAGUGUUAGGAAGCUAGAAAAGUUGCAACAAGAAAAGACCAGAGCAGAGGAAGGCAUGGGGGAGGCCAAGUUCUCGUGGCAGAACAGGGAGCAACACCUUAGGACAGACAAUGACAGGCUGUGCAAGGAAGGCGAGGAGCUACGGCGGGAGCUGGAGAAGGAGCGCAGCAGUGUGCGGGAGGUGACGGCGGCCCUCGCCACCGAGAGGCACCACCACCAGCUCAUCAAGAGUCGUGUGAGUGAGGUGGAGCAGCACUGCCAGGUACAGCUGACUCUGGCUGAGGCACAGGCAGCACAGCUGAGACAGGAGAAAGCCCAGGAGGAAGCUGCUGCCGCCAAGCGUAUUGAUGAGGUGGUUGGCCUGCUGGAGGAGGAGCGAGCUGUGGUGGCGCGGGUGAGGGAAGGAUCGGCCACCAGACUUAAGGAGGUGGAGAAGUGCAUGGCCGAGGAGAGUCAGGCACACCUCUCCAGCACCCAGCAGCUGAGCUCCCACAAUGCUGAGCUGCAGCAAGAAGUAAAGGCGCUGGAGGACAAAGUGCAGAGCCUGGAGCAGCAGCGCGAGAGUGGUGUGAGGGAGGUGAGGGAGCAGCUCAAGGCCACAAUGGAAAAGCUCCAGGCAGCAGAGAAGGAGGCGGCAGUGGCUGGGGCUCGGCUGGCCAGCGUGGAGGACCUGGAAAGGCUACUGCGGCAGGAGAGGGAGAGCUCCUCGUCCCUGCGGCAAGAGCUUCAUCACUGCCAGGCCGAGGUGCAGGAGAUGAAGGCCAUGAAUGCUGAACUCCACCAGAAUCUCCAGCAGAUUGGUGACAAGCUGAGGGUGGUGCAAGGCCAGCAGGAGGCAGCCCAGGCUGAGGUGCAGAGGGAACAGACUGACAGGGUAAAGGUGGUGGCAGAUCUCCGUGCUGCUCACCAGGAGGAGGCAGAGCGGCUAAGGAGCAGGAUCACCACCCUGGAGACAUACCUGGCAGGCAAGAGUGCCAAAUACCUGGAGGACACUAGUCUUCUCCGCCAGAAGCUACACACUUAUGCCAAGCUGAUUAAGAAGCUGAGACACAAGUUGGAGUUAGGAGCACUGCAGGUGGAGCAGCUGGAAGCUCAGCGGGCAGCCCUGCAGGACAACGUGCCGGCCCACCAGCACGCACACCUCCAGACACAGCUGCAGGCACUCACCAGGAAGCACAAUGAGUUUGCUGCCUUCUUGCACGGUCUGAGUCAGUUCCAGUCAUCUCUUCCUGAGAUGGCAGAGCUGACCUCCUGUGUGGGGAUGCUGAACCAGAAGCUCAAUGAGAUGGAGGAGGACCAGCGACAGUGUCUCUCGGACUUGGAUUCCUUAUGAUAGGCAGCCCCACCCAACCACCACCACCACCACCUCCACCUCCAGUAGUACUGAUCUUGCUGCUGAGGGGGAAGGUGAGUUAGUGGUAGUGCUACUUAUUAAGUGAACUUGAGACUGCUGAGUGCAUCUGUCCAGGAUGUAUCUAUUUAUAUUCUCUUAUUUUUAUGGUGUCAUCAUCAUCAUCAUUAUCAUUAUUAUUUUUGUGAUGUAUUUCUGAUAUAGGAGAGGUUCUGACUCAAAAAGGUGAAAAGCCUCACUGAGGUACCAGUUUCUUAAUUUUGCUCCUUUGAAGGAUCAGAAGAGUCAUUGAUGGUGUUCAGGUUCAUAUGUGACCAGUACAGAGCUGGUACUUGCAGCAGCUGUGUGUGUGUGCCUGUCUUGGGACCAGUUGUGUGUCUUAAUGUGUGAAACAAAAUACUAGUCAGUAGAGCCAUCACACUGUUGAUGCUUAAGUUUGUUUAGUUGUUAGAGUAUGAUUACAAAGAGCAGCUAACAGAGGUGCAGGACCACGCCAAAGCAAACUAAUCUAAUGAGCUGGAAAAGCAUUGAUGUUCUUCUUCAACCUUUAUUGUGUUGAGCUUUGUGUAAGCUUUCCCUGUGAGUUUUGCAUUUGUGUUGUGUUAAGGUGAGCUGAGUGUAAGCUUACUCAUUGCGUCUUUCCUGCAGCAGCUCAUGGACGCUGGUGUUUUGAAGUGAUGGUCAGGGUGUGUGUGAUCUUUCUGCCGUCCACCAAGCUGUGUUGAUACAUAUAUGCUUUACUGGAUUUAUACCUAUUUAUUUAAGUGUGUCUAGUGUUCAAUGUACUUCUGUGAUUUGAGACAGGGAGGGAGGUGCUGUAGUCAACACCUGGCAUUCUAUUUGUACUGUAAGGUGUGUGUUUGUUGUAUACUGGGAUAGAAGGUGGAAGGAAGCAGUGUACACCUAGUUUUGUACUUCUUGUAUUGUGAAGGGUGUGUACUCUUUGUAUUGUAGGUUGUAAGAUAGAAAGAAGUAGUAAUUUACACUUGGCUUUGUGUAUCCUGUGACGGGUGUGCACCUUUUUGUAUUGUAGUUUACAGGUAGUGUUUUAUAUACUGUGUUUGUAAUGUGAGCUGUUAGGAGAGGCAGAGAUGUGUGUGUGUGUGUGUGUCCAUGUCCCUUGCUCAAGUCACUGCCUGGGGUUUCAUUGGGUAACUGGUAUUUGUGUAAUUGUAAAGUAUCUUCUUAUCUCUUUAACCAUUAACCAGUCCUGCUUUAAUGAUAUUUUUAGAUAUAAUUGGCUUACAUCUUAAUCCCUUCAGUACUGGGAUGCAUUUUUACCUUGAGUUUUGGGUAUGAUUAGAUGAUUUUAUUUACAUUAGGAAGGGUCUAUGGAGGUCAGAAGAGUAAUGUCCAGAGUCUUCAGUAUUUUAAUCCCCCCACAUAAGUUUCUGAAGCUGUAUAAAAUCACAAAAUAUGCAAAAUGAAUAUGAAAACGUGUCAUGCUACUGAAGGGGUUAAGUUAAAGUGUCUCUCUUAAUAUUUUUCAAUUACAUAUGUUUUGUCUAAAAUGUCCAAGUACUGUAAGACUAUCAGUGAGGCAUGUUUGAGUCCUAGUUAAUUAAGUGUACCUGUGUGUGAUGAUUGUAAGUGUACUUGUAUGGGGUGACUGAUCCCUUCCAAAGCACCUGUAGAUCUGAUUGUAGUGAGAUGUAAAGUUGUGACCAAUAUAUUUUUGUACACCAAU